AUGUCUGGCUGGUGGUCCAAGCUUAGCUUCCUUGGCUCUAGUCGUUUGCCAGAUCUCGUGUCCACCACUUUUGAUUCAACAUCAUCAUCAUCAACAAGUACUAAUUGUUCAUCCACUAGUGGUCCAAUAACAACAACAACAACCACAACUACUCCUAUUACAACCACCACUAUUAUUAAUAAUAAUUAUAAUAAUAAUAAUACUACACCGCAGAACAAUACGUUUCAACCCUCGUUGCUUGUUCAAAACUCUGGUCAAAAUCCAACAACCACCAAUGUUUCCAUGGCCAUUGAUGACGAAGAAUAUGAACAUUCUACAGUCAUAUAUAAACCACCUCUAUUGAACGAAAAGAUCAAAGAGGAGAAGAUGCCCAAGUACGAACAGUCAACAUUUAUCGAAAUGGAAAAGAACAAUCUGUAUUACCAAAACAAAGCACCAUGUCCUUACAAUGAUAAAGAACUCAUAGAUACACCUACCUGCUCUCUUGAUGAGUAUUCAAAUGAACAAUUGAAUUUGGAAGAAAUUGAACGAAUUGGAAUAAUCAAACAGAAAAAUACUGGAAUCGCAAAUAAUUCCAAUAACCUAGAAAACAUCUAUGCUCAAAACAAUGUCAUUCCAGGACGAUUGAUGUAUUGUGUGUUUGGUAAAUAUUUAUUGCAACAGAGACCACAAAAACGAAGAAAUCCAUCAACACGUGCAUUUAUGUCACUUCGAUUAGUAAUUUCUGUCACAGAUUUCGGAUUGCAUUUGAGUGUUUUAUUGGGUCCAUUCAAAUUGGAUUGGUAUCCACAUUCAAUGGCGUUGGUUACAACGGUGAACGAAGGAGCAAAAUACGGAAAUGCAUUUGCAAUUAUUGGUGAUCAUUUUUUUGAUUCAAAAGAACGUAUCAAACAGGCGUUAUUCAUUGUUGCUAAUGUCAUCUGUCAAUACAAUGGAACAAAAUGGUAUAAUAGCGAGAGCUGUAAUAGCAUUCAUUUUGUGAAUGAUGUUUUUUCCAACUUGGGACUUGUUUCACCACUGAACAAUCAUCACUUUGUACCAUAUUUUACAAAUAAUUUUGGAAUGCAAAAAAUGUAUUACUAUUCAUCCAAACUGUUUGACAUGAUCGCGCAAGUGGAAAAAAGAGAAGAUGAAUUUUCAGAUUUUUAUAACUUGGAGUGGCUUGUAUUCAAGGAUCGUGGUGAGCUCAACCAAUUUGCAUGGUUUUUAGAUUCAUUGAAAUAUUUUCAAACCAUGGAAGGAGUUAAAGAUUAUGCUCUCUUGAAGGCGUAUGAUAGAGCUUUUUAUUUGAAUGACUGUAAAGAGGGCCCGACGAAUGAUGAUUCAACAAGAGAGAUCCAAUUUUUCUUCACGACCAGUGGUCAAUCUGAUGAUCAUAGUAUUGCCAAAAUUGAAUUCAAUAUUCAAGACAUGACCUUUGACAAACCAAAUCGAAACUAG